AUGAUAACUUUACUACUUUCCACAUGUAUUUUUCUCUGGCUAUUUCAUGAGCUCUAUUGGAAACGGAGAAACCUCCCACCCGGUCCGAUACCUCUUCCUUUUUUUGGGAAUGUUCUCUCUUUAUCGGCUGAGAAGCCUGGGUAUGAGGCAUUUAGAAAUUGGACAAAACAGUAUGGAGAUGUGUUCACGUUUUGGUUAGGAUCGAAACCAUUUAUUAUUAUAUCCUCCUACAGUAAACUGAAAGACACUUUCAUCCGAGAUGGCGAAACUUACAUGAACAAGGUGCAAUUGAACUUCCAAGAAUUCAUUCGAGAUGGAAACUAUGGAGUCGCCGAGACUAACGGAGAGGUCUGGAGUACUCAUAGAAGAUUUGCUCUGACUACUUUGAGAGAUUUUGGAUUGGGAAAGGACCUAAUGCAGGAGAAAAUAUUGAUUGAAGUGGAAGAUAUUUUCCAGAAGUUUCAUAAGAAUAUAGACAGAGAGCAAGAAAUCAAUCCAGUUUUAAACAAUGCAGUGGCCAACAUGAUCAAUCAGUUGAUCUUUGGAUACCGAUUCGAGAAAGAGAAUCUUGGAGAGUUGAAAAAGUUGAGCGAGCUAAUGGAGUAUCAGGAGAAGUUCUUCACCAGAUUCCGGACUAAUUUUCAAAUUUUUGUGCCGCAACUAGCAUGGUUUCUCCCUGGGAAAACGUUAGAGGAAGGAAUCAUCCCAUGGAAAACUGACUUCUUCAACUUCUUUGACAAACAAAUCGAGAAUCAUCGUCAGAAAAUUAACUUCGACUCUGAUGAGAAUCAAGACUACGCCGAAGCGUACUUGAAGGAGCAGAAGAAACGAGAAGCCAAUGGAGACAGAGAAAUGUUCAGCACCAAACAACUAUCAAAUAUGUGCUUGGAUCUUUGGUUUGGCGGACUCUCUACAACUAAUAUCACAUUAACAUGGACAAUCAGUUAUGUACUUCAUAACCCAGAGGUUCAGAAGAAGUUGCAUGAAGAAUUGGAUAGAGUUAUUGGAAGUGAACGACUUGUGACAACUUCGGAUAAAAACGGUCUACCGUAUAUGAAUGCAGUUAUCAAUGAGUCUCAGAGAUGUGUCAACUUGGUCCCUGUCAAUUUAUUUCAUUGUACAUCAAGAGACACUGUGUUGAAUGGGUACUCCAUUGAUAAGGGAACUGGUGUCAUUGCCCAAAUUAGUACUGUGAUGCUCGAUGAGAAGAUAUUCCCAGAACCCUACACAUUCAACCCGAAUAGGUUCAUUGAUGAGAAUGGAACGAUGAAGAAAAUCGAUGAGUUGGUACCCUUCUCGGUUGGAAAGAGACAAUGUAUUGGGGAAGGACUCGCUCGAAUGGAGUUGUUUCUGCUUAUCUCUAACCUUUUCAAUAGAUAUCAGGUGUCAUCAUCUUCCGCCGGUCUCCCAUCUCUCGAUAAGUCAAAAGAUAUUGGUGUGGUUCCUAGGAAGAUCCGUGCGAAGUUGUCCAGAAGAUACUCAUAA